CUUCGAGAAAAAUUAGAAUAAAAAUCAUACUGCCUUUAUUUUUAGAAAAGAGAUACCGUUACCUUUUAAUUUUGGUCGUGGAGUUGAGGCUUGCCUCUUGGUCUAGAAAAAAAAAAUCUCUAUAAAUAGCAUUAAUUCUACCAUUUUUAUAAGUCUCAUUGUUGAUAUUGAAUCAGAAACUUUCUUCUAAAAUCUUUCAAUACCAGUACUGUUAGUUUCCGAUAAGAGCCACACUAAUCCAUUAUGGAAAUUCAUUUAGAAAGCCAAGAACAAGAAAUGAAAUAUCAAUCUCAAAUCUGGAACCAAAUAUGUGGCACUGUUGAUACCUCUGUUCUGAGAUGUGCAAUUCAAUUAGGUAUAUUUGAUGCCAUUCAUAACUCUGGCAAACCAAUGAUUACCUUAACCGAAUUAUCAAGCAUUGUUUCAUCACCCUCUUCAUCUUCAAUCGAACCCUGCAACUUGUAUAGAUUAGUGAGAUACUUAUCCCAAAUGGAUCUCAUUAGUAUCGGAGAAUGUUUGAAUGAAGCAACUGUUUCAUUAACAGGCACAUCCAAGUUACUACUUAGAAACCAAGAAAAGAGUUUAAUUGAUUGGGUAUUGGCAAUUUCUUGCGAAAUGAUGGUUGUUGUUUGGCACGAACUAAGUAGCUCUGUUUCAACUCCUGCGGAUGAGCCUCCAAUCUUCCAGAAGGUUCAUGGUAAAAAUGCUUUAGAAUUAGCAGGGGAAUUUCCAGAAUGGAAUGAUCUGAUCAACAAUGCUAUGACUAGUGAUACUAGUGUAACUAAGCCAGCGCUAAUACAAGGAUGUGGCAAAAUCCUGAACGGAGUUACAUCGUUAAUUGAUGUCGGUGGUGGUCACGGUGCCACUAUGGCCUACAUAGUUGAAGCUUUUCCUCACAUAAAAGGUGCGGUAAUCGAUUUACCACAUGUUGUUGAAGCCGCUCCGGAGCGUCCAGGUGUUGAGUUCAUCAGCGGUGAUAUAUUCAAGUCCAUUUCUAACGCUGAUGCUGUGUUGUUGAAGUAUGUCCUGCACAAUUGGGAAGAUACGGAAUGUGUGAAUUUACUGAAGAGAUGUAAGGAAGCAGUUCCGGCAGACAAAGGAAAAGUGAUCAUAAUGGAUUUAGUAAUAGACGACGAUGAUAACAGUAUUUUAACGCAGGCAAAGUUGAGCCUUGAUCUCACUGUGAUGAACCAUGGAGGAGGUAGAGAAAGGACUAAAGAAGAUUGGAGAAAUCUAAUUGAGAUGUCUGGAUUUAGUAGGCAUGAAAUAAUUCCAAUAUCUGCCAUGCCAUCAAUUAUUGUUGCUUAUCCUUAGUUAAGUCACCCGCAUGUUUACUUGAACGGGAAUAAGUUGGGGGCGUGUUGAAUCUGUUAACAUCGCAAUUGUGCCUUUACUUUAUGCAUUCUCAUUCCGGUAGAAACUGUUUGGGGCAUUCGGAUUCUGCUGAGCCCUUUUAUGUAUGUUUGUUUGUUGGUUGGUUGGUUUUCAAGUAACUGAAGUUUCUUCUCUGUUUUCAAGGCAUGUGCAUGUGACUAAUUUGAGUAUGCA